GUUUUCUGUAGGAAAACUGAUGCUGUGUUCAAACUUCGAACAAUAAACAAAAGCGAAUAAAUUGCAAAAAUGAGUAAUUCAACUAUUUCUGAUCAAUCACUCAUGGAUAAGUCUAUGCGAAGUGUUUUCGUCGGGAAUAUCCCGUACGAAGCUACAGAAGAAAAUUUAAAGGAUAUUUUUAGUGAAGUUGGACCAGUGCUUUCAUUUAAAUUAGUAUUUGAUCGGGAAACAGGCAAACCUAAAGGAUAUGGCUUUUGUGAAUAUAAAGAUCAAGAAACAGCUCUUAGUGCUAUGAGAAAUUUAAAUGGUUAUGAAAUCGGUGGAAGAACAUUAAGGGUUGAUAAUGCAUGUACAGAAAAGAGUCGAAUGGAAAUGCAAAGUCUUUUACAAGGACAAAAUACUGAAAAUCCAUAUGGAGAAGCAGUACAAUCAGAUAAAGCUCCAGAAGCUAUAAGUAAAGCUGUUGCAUCUUUACCACCUGAGCAAAUGUUUGAACUUAUGAAACAAAUGAAACUUUGUGUACAAAAUAAUCCAAAUGAGGCACGUCAAAUGUUGCUUCAAAAUCCUCAAUUAGCAUAUGCUUUAUUACAAGCUCAGGUAGUAAUGAGAAUAGUGGAUCCCCAUACAGCAGUUAAUAUGUUACAUAAAGCAAAUCCAAUCCCAGGUGUAUUAACACCUUCUGAUAAACCAAAUGUACAUUCAGUUGCACCCCGAAUUGAAGAACCAUGGGCACCUACACGUCCGGCAACAGUUACUAAUCCUCCAGCAUCUAUUUUUGCUGGACAAGAUGUUGAUUUACGCACAUUGGACAGACAAAUGGAUCCACGUUUAGCUAGAAUGGAUCAAGAUCUAAGAGGACCACAACAAGUACAACCAACACCUGUUAGUUCAUCCUCAGUUGUAUCUGCCAAUACCGAUCCUAGAGGAAUUAACACAUUUAAUAUUUCAGACAACACACUUCCUGUUGAAGGAGUUGAGAGUUUCUGUCGUGAUCCAAGAACAGAUAGAUUUGGUAGAGAUCCAAGAGAUCCCAGAGAUCCAAGAAUGCCUAUUGAUCCUAGAAUUACAAAAGCUAAUCCACCAGUACCAGUUGCACCACCAGUGGUACCAAGACCUGUUGUUGCACCUACUGGUCAAUCUUCAAAUGUUGCUACAGCUAGUGUAGCAACUCCUGUUACUUCAUUGACCACGUCAACUACAUCCGCAACAUCAAGACUUAUGGCAGGCAUGUCUCCGGCAGGAAAUAUACCGAGUGGAGCAUCCGAUCAAGAAAAGGCGGCUUUAAUAAUGCAAGUAUUACAAUUAUCGGACGAACAAAUUGCUAUGUUACCACCUGAACAAAGGCAAAGUAUCUUAUUAUUAAAAGAACAGAUUGCUAAAAGUGCACAACGUUAAUACUUUUAGUAAUUCUUUGUUUUUUAUAAUAAUAAACAUUUAAAUUCUUGUAAAAAUAUUUUACUCUUUGUAAAAAUCGUAAUAGUUUAAUGUAUAAACUUAUUUCGAUAUGAGCAUCAAGUUUAAAAAAAAAAUUGUUUUUGAUAUUAAUAAUAAUAUAAUAAAA